AUGCCCUUCGGACUCAUCAACGCUCCAGCCACGUUCCAACGGAUGACGACCAAACUCCUCGAAGACCGCCUAGGGAGCGGGUGUCUCGUUUACAUUGACGAUAUCGUAAUUUACGGUAGCUCGUGGCCGUCACUCAUGAGCAACGUCGAAUGGGUACUCCAGAGACUGCGCGAUCGCGAA